GGACAGAACAGAUCUAGCUCCUCAGCCACGGCCGACGCCGCCGGAACCGUGGUUCGCCGCCGAUCUGCCGCCUCCUCCCGCCGCCGGCUUCCCCGGCCGCCGCCUCCUCCUCCAGCCGCCGGACCACUGGUGACGCCGCCUCCCCCGGCCUCCACCCCCCCCCACCCCCGACCGCCGCCGCCGCCUUCCCCUGCACUGCAGCCAGCUCGCCUCCCCGCCCGCCCCCGGCCUGCCCCGGCCAGCUCUCCUCCCCCGGCAGUGGCUGUCGUCGCAUUCACGAUCUAAAUCAGAAUAGGAGAGAUUGGAAGUGAUAGCUGCUUACCAUUGAGUCUUGACUCCCUUUUGUUGUUGUCACAAUGUCGGGCCUGCUGAAUUCAAACCUGAACAAUUCUGCAUCAAAUCUUCAAGAUUCAACCGGAAGGCCAUUUACAGCAUCCUUUUCUGGUCAAUCUGGAUCAGUUUCAGGGGGUUUCCAUCACUCUGGCUUGCACAACAUGCAUCCAAAUUUUAAUCUGCCACUUGCUCAGAGGAAUGCUGCCAUGAGUGGCCUUCCAUCCUCUGGGGUUCAACAGCCUGGAGGGAGCAUAUCUGGGAGAUUUAGUUCAGCCAACCUCCCAGUUGGGAUGUCUCAGAUUCCUCAUGGGCAUUCAGGAGUCAGUGGUAGAGGAAUGAAUGUUGGCGGAGGUCCAGCAUUUAGUAGUAGUCUGAAUAUCGGUGGUACCAUUCAAGGCUUAUCAUCAAACUUGGGUGCUGGUGGUAGCCGGAAUUCUGUUCCUGGGAUGUCAGUAUCUCCAUCUUUGGGAAAUUUGGGUCCUAGGAUCACUGGUUCUGUAGGAAAUAUUGUGGGUGGAAGUAACAUUGGAAGGAAUAUAAGCUCUGGUGGUUUAUCUGUUCCAAGCAUAGCAUCACGCAUGAAUUUGAGUGGCAAUGUUGGCAGUGGCGGUCUAAAUGUCCAAGGAUCCAGCAGGAUGAUGAAUGGCAUUCUUCAGCAAGGAUCACCUCAAAUGAUGAACAUGAUGGGAAGUUCAUAUCCGACAUCUGGAGGUUCAUUAUCUCAGAACCAAAUACAAGGAGGAAAUAAUUCCCUUGGUUCCAUGGGGAUGCUGCAUGAUGCCAGUGACAAUGCUCCAUUUGACAUGAAUGAUUUUCCCCAAUUGACUGGUCGGCCUAGUUCUGCUGGUGGCCCACAAGGACAAUAUGCAGGCUCACUACGGAAGCAAGGAGUUGGUGUUAACACCAUUGUUCAGCAAAACCAGGAAUUCAGCAUUCAAAAUGAAGACUUCCCAGCUUUACCUGGAUACAAAGGUAGCACUUCAGAUUAUGCUAUGGAGUUGCAUCACAAGGAACAACUUCAUGACAAUAUACCUGUUAUGCAAGCACAGCAAUAUCCAAUGUCAAGGUCAGUCGGCUUUAAUUUAGGAAGUAACUACCCAUCAAAUCGUCAGCAACACCAGCAAGGUGCUAAUUCAGUUCAGAAUGCUGGUCCCCAAAAUAUCGGGCUAAGACCGCUAAAUUCUCCAAGUCAAACGUCUAGUUUGGGAUCAUACGAGCAACUUAUCCAGCAAUACCAGCAACCUCAGACUCAAAAUCCUUUCAGAUUGCAGCAGGUGUCUUCAGCUACACAGUCAUAUAGGGAUCAAAGUGUAAAGUCCAUCCAGGCAGGGCAAACACCACCUGAUCCAUAUGGCUUGAUGGGAUUGCUGGGGGUUAUCAGGAUGAAUGAUGCUGACUUAGCAUCUCUUGCUUUAGGAAUAGAUUUGACAACGUUGGGUUUAAACUUAAACUCACCAGACAAUCUGUACAAGACAUUUGGCUCUCCUUGGUCAAAUGAUCCAGCAAAAGGAGAACCUGAGUUUCAUAUUCCAGCCUGCUACUCUGCUGAGCAACCUCCACCGCUGCAGCCUAUACAUUAUCAGAAGUUCCAGACAUUAACGCUAUUUUACAUCUUCUAUAGCAUGCCAAGGGAUGAAGCUCAGUUAUGUGCUGCCAAUGAGUUGUAUAGUCGAGGAUGGUUUUACCACAAAGAAGUGCGGUUGUGGCUCACCAGAAUUCCAAAUGUUGAGCCUCUUGUCAAAACUCCUCACUAUGAACGAGGAUCUUAUGGUUGCUUUGACCCAAACAACUGGGAGACAAUCCGCAAGGACAACUUUGUUCUCCAUUAUGAUCAAAUAGAGAAGCCAGCCAUCCCUUCAUCCCAAAAUGUUAGGUGAAACAUUUCUGGGACAGUGAUAACUCUGAAGCUAGACCAUGCCGAUCUACAGAGGGGAGACUGCAGAACAAAAGCAUGAAUGCUUAGCCCUUGUAAUUAAAUUAAAGUGGUGAAGGUUUCCUUUAAUCGUUUGGAGCUUACAUCAAAAUUUCCUUAGAACUAAACUUUUAGGAGUAAGUCUUAUACAGCUUCUUUGUCAGUAAUGCUUUUGGUGACCAAAGUUAGUUGGAAGAUUCCGUUAAAGCUGGAUUGAUUAAUAGAUAGAUGAUAACUAGAUGGAUAGGCACACAAAUUGGGCCGGGUAGAAUUUUAUUGGAGUGUUUGUUUUGCUACCCUACCAAGAGGAGUAGCAAUUCAAAUUAUAGAGUUAUUGCCUUGUGUAACCUUUUUUUUUUUCUGUCCAGCUGACUAGGAACCUGAAAUGAAAUGAUAUAGCUAAAAAUUGUGAAGUGAGAAUUGGUUAUAGUUCA